ACAACUUGUAAAUAAAUUUUAGUGCCAUAUUUAUUGUAUGCUUUGUGUGAUAUUGAUAUACUAAAGUUGCACUUAAGUCGAAUUGUAUAAGAAUCUGAUAGUUGAGAUAACAACGCUCAAUUAUUUUUCAAGAAUGAUAAUACAUUCGUAACAUGGAGGAAGGUUUUAAUAUAGCUUGGGAUGAUGGCCCAACCGUUGGCCAUUUGGGUAUGUGUGAAGAAGUAGUUGUACAAGAUAUUGAUAAUGAUGGUAUCGAAGUUGAUGAAGGCGACACAGAGAUUUUGUAUAUGCAAGAGGAUGGAGAGAAUGAUGAAAAUGUUGUUUAUAUGCAUUCAGACGAAGUACUUGUUGAUCAAACUGAAGAAAUAGCUAUCACUGAAGAUGGUGGUUAUAUUGAGUGCCAAGUUGCUGAGGAAGUUAUUACUGAUGAUUGGGCCAAUCCUCAGAACGAUGAUAGAGUUGAAAUUGUGGGAGAAUUCACAGAAAGUCGAGUAGACGGUACUGAUGACAUAGAAAUCCCAUUACCCACCGAUCAAGAUGAAUAUACAACAAGUCGACCGUAUCCGUGCGACUUUUGUAGUCGUCGUUUUCGUAAAAAAGCCAAUUUAAUGAAUCACAUGGUUGCACAUCAAACAGACCGACCACAUGGAUGUAACCUAUGCGGAGCGCGAUAUAUUCGUAAAUGUGAUUUAAUGAAUCAUUUAAAAAUUCAUGCGUACGUACCUGAACCUGAAGCUUACGAAGAUGAAGAAGAAGACAAUGAUAUUAAUUAUCAAUUGGAAGAAUCUGAUAGUGAACGCCCUCGUAAACGAAAGUCAAAUUCGAAAAAGAAGAAAAGUAGCAAAGUGAAAGUGAAACAGGAGGUUAUCGAGGAAGAAAAAUAUUCAGUCCCAUCUAGAUCCUAUGAUUACGUGGAUGAAGACAUGAGAUUACUUACUGAAAUGGCAAAUAGUUCAGCGCGUACCCUUGAGUAUAGUAGUCCUGAGUAUAAUGAUAUAUUACCUCCUGAAAAUCACCCGAUUAGCGAACCUAGGUAUCCAAUAACUGAUCCUAGGAAACCUUUUGUAUGCCAACAUUGUGGUGUAGGGUUCGCUCGAGAGAAAGCAUUAGCUUCUCAUGCUCGAAUUCAUGGAGGUGAUAGUCCAUUCGAGUGUGAGACCUGCAACGAUAUGUUUUGGGAUAUUGCUCUGCUUAAAGAGCAUGUUCGAAACAAACAUGGUGAUUUGGCUUUAGAUAAUUACGACGAUGAUGACGAAGAUUACGUCGAGGAAGAAGAACGCUAUGGUGAUUAUUUUUGUCAAACUUGUGGUAUGACAUUUCAUCGUCAAGAUUUACUUAAACGGCACAGUCGUAUUCAUGUAAAAGAGGAAUAUGUAAAUGAUUCUGAAUUUGGACAUGUGUGCAAUGUAUGCGGUGAUUCAUUCCCAGAGGCCUUAGAUUUGUUAGCGCAUGCAGAAGUACAUGCUAGAUUAGAUAUUCAUCGUUGUAUGUUAUGCGGUGAAAGUUUUGCACAAGAACAGGCUAUGGCUACACAUAUAGCUCAACGUCAUGGCAAAAAUAUGCCACCAAAUUCAUGUAUGCUGUGUGGUAAAACUUGUAAAGAUCGCAGAACGUUGUUAAAACAUUCUUGGGAGCAUUCCAGGGAGAAAACAUUUUCAUGUUCGAAAUGUACGAAAAGUUUUCAUAACAAGGCACGUUUAAGGCGCCAUAUGUUAUCACAUCGGAACAAAUCUGUUACAUGUAAUGUAUGUGGUGAAGAUUUCCCCGAUGGCAGAAGUUUAAUGAAUCAUCGACAUAGUCAUACAAAUAUGUCAGGGCGACAAUUUCCUUGCAGAGAAUGUGGGAAAACAUUUGGAUCACGUAGUUCACAACAAAUUCAUAUUCGAAUACAUACUGGUGAAAGACCAUAUGGAUGUCGAUUUUGUUGGAAAGCUUUUGCUGACGGUGGGACAUUGCGUAAACAUGAACGGAUACAUACAGGUGAAAAACCGUAUGCGUGUGCAGUAUGUCCUAGAGCUUUUAAUCAACGAGUGGUACUUCGUGAACAUAUACGAUCACAUCAUUCGGGCCCUGAUCCUAAGUAUGGUACAACAAUGACUCCAUACUGUUGCUCUGUAUGCAGUGAUCUUUUUUCAACGUCGCAAGAUCUAAUUGUACAUUUAAUACAACAUUGCGAUUUGAAUACGGCGAUGAAACGCCAACCGCAAGUGGGACCACGUAAAUAUAAACGUCGUAGAAAAUUAAAACCGCACGAAUUAGAACGAUUAUCAAAUCGUAUGGAACGAGAUGAUAUAGACGAUAUGUUGUCUGAUUCGGAUGAUAAUACUAAACGUAAAUUAGGUCGCAAAAAUAAGAAACCUAAACCUCAAAUUGAAGAGAAUUAUGAGUCAGUAUUUAAAAGUUUUGAGUCUGCUGUACAGACAAUAAAUAAUUUAGUAAAUUCAAAACCAAGUGGAACUAGAGGACGCAAGAAAAAAGUUACCAAUAAUAGUGAGUCUCCACAGACAUCAGUGCCAUCUCGACCAAAAAUGAUUCACACUCAAAAAACUCGAGUAGCUGUUGAAGUAAGUUCAGGUGACGGAAGUAAGGUGCGUCACAAAACUAAAACGCUAAUAACACGAACAACUCCGGCGGUUGUCACGAAUACAAAUGAAAAAACUACACCAGAAAAAAAUGGCGAACGAAACCGUCCACGUACUAAAAAUGUUAGCUAUCAUGUACUUCAACCAGAAAAAUAUCCAACAGCUACCUUCGAACAAUAUAAACAAGAGACGAUCGAAGAUGUGAUACCAAUGAAAACUGAAACAAAUAUUAUGGUGAAAUCAGAACCAGAAUCUCGGCGUGAAAACUACAUGGAUCUAGAAGAAAUGUUUUAUCACAUGAAUAACGAUUAUGGUGAGAGUGAAGAACAAACUGCACUUGGUAUUGAUGGCGAUGGUAACUUUCAUGUUGCACAAAACAUUGAAGUCAGUGAAGAAGUUGUUCCUGAAGUUGAAAACGAAGAAGUAUGUAUCGAAGAGCAAGUUGAAAAUGAGGAAUAUCUUGAAGAGGAGAAUACCGAAGAAAUUACCGAUAAUUACAUACAGUACCAACAAAAAAUUGAUACGGGGGAAACAUCGGAGCAAAUGAAUAUUGAACAUAUACCAAACAACAUGGAUCAAAUUGAACAUGGUGAUGAUUAUGGGGAAUCAGUUUUACCCGAUUCCUUAGCGGUCCAUCAAGAACAACAACAACAUUUCGAAUCAACAAUACAUCAUCAACAGCCCACGCAACAGAAUCAUCAAAUUAAUGUAAAAAUGGAACCAUUAGAAUCGAGUUCACUGUAUGAGUUGGCUGAAUUAUCGAUGCAACAUGCGCAGAAUAAGUUUAAAUGUGAAAUGUGUAGUGCAACUUUCUCCGAUAGAGGACAGUUAUUAUUACAUGUUCCAGUGCAUAUCUGAUAGUAAUCCGAUGCUCAAUAUAGAGAGCGACAACAUUUUUAUUCAAGUUUUAAUAUUCUACCUGCUGUAAGUUGUAAAGGUUUGGCAAGGGGUAUUUAGUGUAGUAGGUAGAAGACAAUUUAUCGAUUAUCGAUUUUAUCGGUAUAUAAAUAAGAGUGAUUUAUAACAAAUAGAACAACAUUUUUACAGAAACAAAUGGUUUUUUACUGAAAA